ACAUUUCAGAACAAACCCAUAUUCAAACACAAAAAAAUGAAAAUAAAGGGAUGACAAAUGUUAUUCACGUUACAAAUGCUACACUAUAUGAGUGCCAUUUUGCAACUGUGGGAGAAAAUGAGAUGCAUUCCUGGUUAAAUGCCUUCACUGAAUCGGUAAAACAAUACAGAGAAGGCACUAGCCCAGUUCAUACACUCUUAAAAAGACAAAACUGUAGACAACCUGAGACUGUGUCUAGUCCACACAUCAUAGCACGUGAAAAGUCUUUUAUUCGCUCUGUAUCAGAAAGGAGUGUUCGAAAAAAUGCAAAAGAUGAUGGAAAAAGUGUCUCCAAGCAGAACAUCAGUCAAAGAUGCCUUCUUCGUUUGAACUCCGUGAACACAGAAAAAGAGAAAAUCAAAGCAGUUUUUCUGGAACUGGACAAGAAUGGGAAUGGAUACUUGGAAGAGAGGGAGUUUGCUAUGACACUAAAAGAAUUUGGACUGGAUCUAAGCGAUUCAGAGAGUAAAGAAAUAUUUAGGAGUAUAGAUGCUGAUGGUGACGGGAAGGUUGCAUUCAAUGAAUUUUAUGACUAUUUUCUAGAAAAGAUCUUGAGCGAGGAUAAGUCUGCUUUGCUUAAGGCUUUUAAUGAGGCCGAUCGAGAAAAGAAGGGAGCAAUUAAUUUCAGAGAGUUUUCAGAGUUUGUGCGCGACAGACAUAGCACUAUCUGCCUUGAUAAAGUAUUGUCAACUUUUGACAAGUUAAGCAAAAAUGAUUGUAGCGGUGAACUAUCUUUCCAAGAUUUCCAGUGUAUGUCGAUUCUCGAUGACCUAGAUAUUUUUCCAGAUUCAACUGAAAAUUUUGAAGCUCUGCUUAAAUCAAGAUUUGAUUUAACAGAUCCAAAAAAUCUUAGACAAAAAAUAGAAAACAGGUGGCAAAAAUUUGCUUCUUUCAGGCGUCAGGGUGCAAAUGGAAGUGUAGUUAUGAAAGGUGCCAAUGGUAUCGUAGAAGAUGUAGUACCAGGUGAAUACAACCUCAAAGAUCUUGCAAAAUUCGUCGACUUACCAAAAUUACUACCGAAAGUGACCAUUGUCAAAGGGGUUUCAUGGGAGUCCAGCAAUAUUCCAAAUACAUCCGGAAACCUUGUUUUUCCGUCUGACUUUAAUGGCAUUUUAGAAGUCGAGAUUGCCACCAGCGAGCUGUUGGGGUUCUAUGGGUGCACUUUUGCCGACAGUAGAGCAGAAAAGGUUUCUCUUCCGUACCGGCAUGCUGUACAAGAUUUUACCUAUGAGAAUAAUUACUUAGCUGAUUACGUAGAAAAACAAAAUGGCGGGGCUGGUUUGGAAAGGCAUGGGUUUUCACAUCUUGAUUGUCCAUUGGAUGAAAUUUCAGGAUAUUUUAUUUUAGCAAAAAUGAUAGGGGACGAACUUCAUGUUUCGGCUUUUAAGAUUCCAAAAAGACAUACACUGUACAUUCCGGAGAAUUGCAUCCAUUCUAAUGAUUACCUGAAAGGGACCUGGCGAACCAUGUUGUCUGAUGAAACCAAUAUAGACCAUGUUCUUCUCAAACGAAAAAACUCUAAUGGCGAAGAAUCAUGCUUACAAUCUUUCACUUUUAAAUUUUCCUAA